CGCCAUUUCCUCUGCCCUUGGUUUGUCCUUAAGGCCGCCGGCCCUGCCCGCACUUCUCCUUGCCCGGGCGGGAGCCGCGUCCCCAUCUCCCUUCCCGGCCCCGCCGCCACACACGGCGUGCCCAGCCCGGCGGAGAAGCCGGGGUGGUUACAGCGGGAGAAAGGGACAGGGGAGCAUCCGGCUACUCAGCUAAAAACAACCCUCUCCUAAUAAAGUGAUGGUGCCCGGGCCGCCGCGCCGCUCUCCCCGCGCCCUAUAAAUACGCUCCGUGCGCGACCCGCCGGCUUUGGCCGGCUGGGCUCUGCAGGCGGCGCGGUGUAGCGGAGCGCAGCGAGCGCAGGGGGGCCGUCACUGCCGCCGCCGCCAGGAGGGCCCCGGCCCCCGCCACCCCAGCAAGAUGCCCCGGGUAGACGCAGACCUCAAACUGGACUUUAAAGAUGUCUUGCUCAGACCUAAAAGAAGCAGCCUCAAAAGCAGAUCAGAGGUUGACCUCAUGUGCACCUUCACCUUCCGCAACUCCAAACAGACUUACACAGGAAUUCCCAUUAUAGUGGCAAACAUGGACACUGUGGGGACAUUUGAAAUGGCUGUGGUUAUGGCAAAACAUACAAUGUUCACUGCAAUUCACAAGCAUUAUUCUCUAGAAGAAUGGAAACUGUUUGCUGCCAAUCACCCAGAAUGCCUUGAGCAUGUAGCAGCAAGCUCAGGUAGUGGAAAAGCUGAUUUGGACAAGUUAACAAGUAUUCUAGAGGCCAUUCCACCUAUCAGAUACAUCUGCCUGGAUGUGGCAAACGGCUAUUCAGAGCACUUUGUGGAGUUUGUGAAGUCGGUCCGUGCCCUGUUCCCACAUCACACCAUUAUGGCAGGCAAUGUGGUGACAGGAGAGAUGGUUGAAGAACUUAUUCUUUCUGGAGCAGAUAUUAUUAAAGUGGGUAUUGGACCAGGUUCUGUGUGUACCACUCGGAUUAAGACAGGGGUGGGCUAUCCACAGCUAAGUGCUGUUAUUGAGUGUGCAGACUCAGCACAUGGCUUGAAAGGACAUAUCAUCUCUGAUGGAGGAUGCAGCUGCCCAGGAGAUGUCGCCAAAGCGUUUGGAGCCGGUGCUGAUUUUGUCAUGCUCGGAGGAAUGUUUGCAGGCCACGACCAGUGUGCUGGAGAGAUUAUGGAAAAGAAUGGCAAGAAGGUGAAACUCUUCUAUGGAAUGAGCUCUGAUACAGCCAUGAAGAAGCAUGCAGGAGGGGUUGCUGAAUACAGGGCUUCGGAGGGCAGAACUGUGGAGGUACCAUACAGAGGUGACGUGGAACUCACCAUCCUGGACAUCCUUGGGGGGCUGCGCUCCACCUGCACCUACGUGGGAGCUGCCAAACUCAAGGAACUGAGCAAGAGAGCGACAUUUAUCCGGGUCACCCAGCAGCACAGCCAGGUCUUCUCUUAGCCCAGGCCUGGGGGGCUGGAGAGAGAGGGGUGGGGGAGAGGGGCAGGAAGGGCUGCUGUUUUGUUUAGCUUUCUUCUCCAUAUUGUGUUAGUGGCAAACUCUCCUCUCUCUCAGAAUGGCAGUGCCAUAGCCAUUGGAGGGGCUAUGGCUGGGGUUUGGAAGGGGAAGGUCAUGCUGUUAACACAGCACCAUUGGUUCAAAAUGCAGUAGCCUCAUCUUUUAUUGUUGUGCCUAUUUUGAUUUUUAAUCAACAUUUCUUCACCUGAUUUUCUGCCCCUCUGAUAAAUACCUGCUGAAACCUCAAUUAACAAGGAAUUGGCUUGUACAGACAUGGCUGUUACUCCUGCGCACAUACACACAUUCCCUUUUUUAAGACUGACCUGUCAGCUACCACCUCUUCAGGCAGUGCACCCUCCAGAAACUGCAGGCUGGGAGAGAAAAAGAUGCAAGGAAUUGCAAGGAGAAAUAAAAACCAUACCAUAUUCUCUUAAUCUUUGUUCUGGCAAAAGAACGGAUGUUUGUGGCAUGGCUGCCAGCCUGCAGAAUGCCAGAGGCGGAUGGUGGAUGAGGCCUGCUACUGGUGGCUUCUUACUGUAAUGAUGAAAAUGCCAGAUCUCUUUCACUCCCCGUUCACGGGGCUGGUACUGCUGUUCUUACUUAAAUUUCCCUGUUCAAUGGACUUGCCUCUCCAGAGAUGCUGGCAUUGAAUGUAGCAAACCCGUGCUGUCCCCCCUGCCCUCAUCUGUGGAGAUAAUUCAGGAGAAAAUGCCUCAAAGCUUGCCUGCUUUUUUGUGCAUGCAAUUAUUGAAUUACUUAGGUUCCUGCUUUUACCUGCUCUCUGUGAACAGAUGUUUAAGGCAUUGAAACCAGGGGGAGAUUUCCCUGCAGCCCUCCCUGUUGCCUUGCCUGUUCAUAUCCAUUUAGCAAAGGCAUAAAAACACUGAUGUGCAUUGUCUGUGGCCAGGUGAAUGAGGCUGGAGGCGUCAAAAUCACUUUUGGUUAUUUGGCACUGCUCCUCUGCAGUCCUCGACACUGUGAAAAGCAAAAGAGAGCUUUCAGCGGAAUAGCCUGAUGGCGAGACGCUGGUAGGCUGAGAUGAGUUAAAGCAUUUGCUCUAAAGGCAGUAAUGAAUGUUUAAGACUCUGGGUAACACUUUAAUAAAGUGUAAUGGCCCGCUAAUUAAUUGAUAAAUCACAAUGAAAUUUCUUUGGAAAUACACAUUGCAUCCACAUGAAUCCCACAGUAGCUCGUUAUGAUAAAUGAUGUAAAAGUGAGCGCCAAUGAAUUAAUAACGCUUGGCCGCUUACUUUAAAGUGCUGCUGAGAUUGUAAUACAGCUGGUGUUACUUCAGAGUUGUACUUUCCCCUCCUGUAGAUAUCUGUAGAAAGAGGUGGGCUUCCUUUGAAGAGCAAAAAAGUGAUCUGUAGGAAGAGGAAUAGCAAACAGGAACUCUAGAAUUAAACUCAUACGCCAGACUGCUCAAAAAGCCGUGCACAAGGGCUGGUACAAUUGACCAUGCUGAGGAGCAAAUCUAGGCCACAGGCUGAUCCCUGGUGAUUUUGAUGUGUGUUGUGCACAUUAGAAAAAGCACAGACUACCUUCCAACUAGACCGAUAUUCUAAAUGGCUUCCAUUUAAUGUGUAGACCAUAAUUAUUAAUUGUGGUAUGACCCCUUCCUCUGCUUUGGAGGUGAACGAGGGCCUUAACGUGAGCACAGGUUAUGCUUGUGCUGGCUUUAAGGGCCGUUUGUCCUGCUCACAUAUCACAAAGGGACCUGAACGCAGAAGAGGAGCAGGCCCUGUGAAUAAAGAUCUCUGUUCCCUCCAGCCUGAAAGCACCACAUGAAGAAGGUGCCAGGCUUCUUUAUCACAAACCCUAGCGCAGGCCAAAUACUGCUCUUACCUGCGCUAAGCCCAGAGUAUGAGUAAUGCCAGUAGUGUUGCUACUCCGCAGCGGUAGGGCUGUAGGAGGCCACUGUUCCUUCGUUUACAUGAUGUGAAGGGCAGGGGUACAAAGGCAAAUGGACACCUCCAUGAGGAGCAGGAUUAGACUGUUGUGUCACAGGCCUGAACACAGGCGUGUCUCCACACUCGUGCCUUCAUACGGGGGCGGUGCAGCAGGCUGCUGCUCUCGCACCCAUUCUCGCUAGUGCUUUUCUACUUUUUUUUUUAGCUACAUUUCUAAAUGGAAUUUAAGAACUACAUAUAUUAAAAAUAUAUAUUUGUAAACUUUUUUUUUAAAAGAUCAUACGCACACUAAACAGAGCAGCUUCAGGACAUGCCUGUGGAACAGUUUAUUUUCCAAAGGGCAGUGCUGGGGACAAGGUGGGGCUGCCUCUCCACAGGUGUGGCAAGCAUGGACCUCCUCCCCAGGCAGGCUGCACGCUCAGACCUGCUUUCCUUCCCCUUCCACACCUAUCUCUGACUGACCAGUGACUAAUAGGGAAGGAUGGGGAUAGGCUGAUCAUAAGUUGUCCCCCGAAUUCUCCAGGCUGUGAAUGACAUUGGCACUAAGAAUAGUUACUGAUAAAGCUUUGAGUUAGGCUAUUUGGUUUUCUAUAUAGCAGCGCGUUUUCUGUUUCUUUUUCUCCUUCUCCAAAGUGAGCGCGAGGGAGAAAUGGGCUGCAGAAAGGCUGAACUGGUGGCACACCUGUGUCUCACCCAACAUUAUGUGCAGGUUUUGUUCAGGGAUAAUCCUCAAAUGUGUCUGCGCUCACCAUGCACACUGUACGUGUCCAGCUCUCGGAGAGGCUGGAAAAUGGAAGAGAGGCGAGCUGGAGCCCUCCUUUAACACGCAGCCCUGUGCUCUAGUCGUUGCUCUUAUCUUCACUUAGCCCCAGGCCCUGUGCCCUGCUCAAGCCCGCUGCCACUCUCGCAAGGAACUGGGGGCAGAGAAGGGAGCUGAGGACGCGCUGUCCCUGGCAGGGUGGUCCAAGCAGAGAUCACAGCUGCUGACAAAAGCCACGUGCCAUUUGUGGAUCUACCUCACCUGCGCAUUUAACCGGGGUCUGCGUUUCUUGGUGUCCUUCUGUGGGCAGUGUCAGUCAUAAGCGCUUAGUGUAGGGUGCUUGUGCAUAACCUGGUCUUCUUUAAUCCUACCACCCCAAACCCAUCCUGUCUCGAGGAAUACUGUGGGUGUGACAGCCUGCGCUGUAGGCUGAGGUCAUGCCUGCUUCCCCCAGCCAGGCAGCUGUUGAACACCUCGAAGCACUGUUGAGGUUCGGCCCGGUGGCGCUGCAGCGAUGUAGUGUAACAUGCCAAAGACCUACAAGCAGGGAUGCUGAAAAGGGGGUGGUUAAAGCAUUAAAGCAAUCCCUGCUGAAUGUUCUUACGCUUCUUGAACCGUAAAGACACAUAAAACACUCCCCACUACUCCCACUCUCAUUCUGGAGUCACCUUGCUGCAGCGUGUUUCGCAGGGUGGGCUGGUUGGCCCUGCUACCCACGCAGCCUGGCUUACCGCAGCGCCCCUCGGGGAGGAAGGGCUUGGCACAGCAGCCGCCUCACUUGCCCCCGAGUGACUAUGUGGUGGCUGCAGGGAGCACACGUGUAGACCCCUUCGCAGGCAUGAGGCCAGCCUGUUUGAGGAGCAGGUCUCGAGCCAGCAUCCUGCCAGAGGCAAAACAAGCCACGCAGGGCUCCUUUCUCUGCAAGGAACACAUGAGCAUGCCCAGCGAGUGCGUGCCUCCCCCUCGGCACGGGCACAGCCGCUCCCCGCUGCCAGCCGUGGGGCCAGGGCUUUGGCUCUGCUCUUCUGCGCAGCUUUCUUCUCACCUUGGAGCGGGGGGGGGGUGUGUGUGUAGGACGGGGCCACCUUGUAAAUCUGGAGUUGUCAGUAGGGGCAAGAGGAGCCUCCGCUUAUGUCUGGGGGAGCUUUUCCCAUAUGACAUGUGCCUGUGUCUUCCUUUCAGCUAGUCAAUAGCGGGGGAGAAAAGAUGGGGUGAGCAAGAAACACAGUAGCAAUUACCCAAGCCCCACUGCACUGUGGGGUGUGGGGGAGUGUGGAGGGGAGGCUGGUGUUUUCCAGUCAUGGGCACGUUGCGUUUGAAGCCUUUUUUGAACUAAGCACUCCCUAGUUUAUAUCUACUGAGCUCCACCGUCUUGAGCAGACACUACAGCUUUCUGCUGGUGUACGUACAGUGUCUGCCCAGCACCGCCUCCCACCGCUUCACCCACGGGAUGUUGCUUUUUAGUUGCUAGUAUCAGCUUUAUACCAAAAGUUCUUUGCUGGAGCCAGAAGGGCUUUUGCAACCAGUCCCAGGUUUGGCCUUGCUUGUGUAGAAAAGAAAUGGAAAAAAAAAAGCCAUGGCCCAAGAAGAGCCGGCGGGCAGGAGAGGGCUGGGCCCUUCCCUGCAGGCUGCGAGCUGCCCCGGGGGCGGAGAUGCUAAAGCACUUCUCGGUUCCAAGCUGGCACAGCUCUGCGCCCCUAAACACAGCGAGGACCAGCCCCCUGCAGCCUUUGCCUCGCUUGCGGUCAUUCAGCUGUUCCAGCGGGCCCGCCCCAGCAUUUACCUAGCACCAUGUUUACUGGUUGACGUUUUCGUACAUAAAUAAAUAAUUGAGUCCAAAACUCCUUGGUGUCGCUUGCAAUAACUGUGAAGCGCUUCUGUGUAAUCGGCCAAAAAAGAGCUGAUGAGUGUUCGAUGUUUUCCCGGCCCGGCUGCGACGGCAAUGACGAGCGCUGCCUCCCCUCACCCGCAGCAACCGCGCGCGCCCAACGCCUGCGGCAAAGGUGGCGCAAUCAUUUAAAGUGGUCAAAAGUUGUAAAUGGAAAGUUUUGUUCUGCAAUAAAGAGCUUCUUCACUC